AUGGCACAACGAUCCAUGCUGUCUUUCCUGUCCAAAAAACCCACGGAACAUGGUGGUGAAGAAGGGAGGAAGCGAAAGCGGCGCGAGGACGACGAGCCUAAGUUGACCGUGACGAUGCAGGCAAUUGCGUGGGAUGCUGGGGUGCAAAGGAAGGAAAGCGGGACUCUUUUUGGACCUAAUGGUCAGGCCCACGCCCAACCAGGCCAGAAGUCUAGUGCAAGGGGAAAGGAAGUAGAGCCUGAUUCCCCAGCUUUGUUUGACGGGGUUGGUUCUGGACUAAAGCCAGCGGGUGAAAGUCAGGAAAAUGGUGGGGAGGUACUGCAUGUGUACAAGAAGAGACCCAGGAGCAGUAAGGCGGGAUCUGAUGCAGGAGAAGAUGGCGCAGCAGCUGUGGGAGUGGUAGAAGGGAAUGCAGAGAUUGAUGAGAAGGAGAGGUUGAGGAAGAGGAAUCGGUUGUUGCAGUCAGUGGGGGCGGAUGAUUGCGCUGGCCCGCAGCAAAGCGCGGCGUGGCAAGAGGCGGCUGCCAGGUUUGACUGGCUGGACCCAGGCAAGAUCCGGGACAAGCAGAACCGGCGACCCGACCACCCUGACUAUGAUGCACGCACUGUCAGAGUGCCUGACUCAGUGAUGCUCAGGCUGUCUGGCACUCAGAAGGAAUACUGGAAGAUCAAGCAGGACUACAUGGACAUUGUGCUCUUCUUUAAGGUCGGGAGCUUCUACGAGCUGUAUGAGCUGGAUGCGGAGAUUGGAAUCAAGGAGUUUGGCUGGAAGUUGACCCUGAGCGGUGUUGGCAAGUGCAGACAGGUCGGUGUCCCGGCUUCCGGCGUCGACGACGCAUGCCGCAAGCUGGUCGCCCGUGGCUACAAAGUAGGACGCGUCGAGCAAACCGAGACCGGCGCUGAGGCCAAAGCCAAGCGAGGCCCCUCUGCGAUGGUCCAGCGGAAACUGCUGAAAGUGGAGUCCCCCGCACUUUUGGUGGAUGAGAUCCGGCAACCAGAGGCGGUCCACUUGCUGGCGCUGAGGGAACUAGAGUUGGGAGACCAGGGAAGGGCAGUUGAGGCAGGGGAGAGGGAGCAAGUUGUAAUCGGGUUUGCAUUUGUGGACGCGGCGGCCGGGAGGUUUUACGUGGGGGAGGUGCGGGACGAUUCGUCUAGGUCGGCGCUGGGGGCUCUGCUGGCACAGAUUGCGCCCCAAGAGAUUGUGCACGAGCGGCACGGCCUGACUGCAGCAACCCGCAAGCUGCUCAAGCGCGCCCCCAUCCCUGGAAGCCUUCCGCUGCAACUCACGCCCCUCGACUCGGGGGCUGAGUUCCUCGAACCCCCUGCGGCGCUUGCUGAGAUUGCAUCGAAGGCUUACUUCGGGUACAGCCAAGCAGGGACUCCGUCCAAAACGCACGAAUCGGGGAGCAGAGGCCCUUUGGCUGAAGCUCAUGGGGGGGGAGAUGAGCAAGAUCCGGCGGGAAGUAGCGGACUUGAGGAGCGAUCGAGUGGGACAAGGAUCGAUCCGGACGCAGAAGCGCUGCUGUCCGGAAACGGUCCGAGCGUGUCCGCACUCUGGGCGCUCAUCUGCCACCUGCGCCGGCUCAAAGUGGCCGCCGAGAUGCUGCCACGUGGCGAGCUGUCGUCGUACGCGGUGUACCGGGGAUCCCUCCGCCUGGACGGCCAAACGCUGCAGAACCUCGAGCUGCUGCAAAAUGCUGCGGACGGCGGCCGGGCGGGGACGCUUCUCGCGAAUUUAGACAGCUGCGUGACCGCGCAGGGGAAGCGGCUCCUGCGCCGUUGGAUCUGCCAUCCGAGCAGAUCGACGGCCCAGAUCGUGUCCCGGCAGGACGGGGUGGAGGAGCUGGUGGCGAGGCCGGAGCUAGCACGGGCUGUGCGGGAAGAGCUAAGGAAGCUGCCGGAUCUGGAGAGGUUGCUUGGGAGGGUUAAGGCAAUGGCGUCGGCGCCAGCUGCAAUAUCGUACUUUGCGGCGCAGACGCACCAGAAACAUGUCUCCACUUUCUGCGCCACCCUGGGCGGCCUUCAGCAAGCCUGUGCGGCGCUGACGUCACUCCACGCCCUACCGGACUCUGCUCGCGUCAUCCUCAAGCCGUUCAUUAGACCGGAAGAAGUCCGGCUCGUCUCCGAGUCCUUCGACGAGCUGACGUCAUUCUUCGACUGGCCCAAGCCCGGUGCAAAAGACCGCGCCCCGAAGCUGAACCUCAAGCGGGCGGAGGACAGUUCGUCCGGUAAGGCGGCGCCCGAAACUUCGGCGGGAAAGCGAGCGUCCAAAAAGGGGAAGAAGGCAAAGGCGGAAGACGACGAAGAUCCUCUCGGCAGAGAAGUGAAGGCGCUCUCGAGAAUAGUCGAAGUUUUCGCGGACCGGAGGCUUGCCACGUGGGGUUCGCUGAUUGGCGAGGCCCUGGCCCGGGUCGACGUUCUUGUCGCGUUCGCAGCUGCGGCCAUGGCGGCAGACGGGCCCACGUGUCGCCCUGUCUUCGUGGACAAAACCGCACCGGAUUUUGCGCCACAUUGUGCGCCGGCAUCUGAGCGGGGCAGCGCCGCCGGGCUCGGGCCGAGCCUGGCAACGCCCUCGCCUUCGCCCAGGCGGACGGGCGCACCCCCCGAGAGGGAUCCCUCUGCGGGAGGUGACGUCAGCGGGCGAGAAUCAAUCGGGGACGGGUUGCCGGAGGAGUGUCAGACGCCUGUUUCGGAGAGCGGAUCAGAGCGUCCGAAUGGCGGCGCCGUGUUGCAGAUUGAGGGUCUGUGGCACCCGUAUGCGAUUGGGGGCGGUGGGGGCACGUUUGUGCCGAACGAUCUGACUCUCGGGGGACCGAACUCUGGCGCCGACUUGGAUACUUCACAGCCACGUGGCACGCUCUCGGCGAGCCCACGUGGCAUGCUCCUGACGGGCCCCAACAUGGGCGGCAAGUCGACGCUGCUGCGCGCCACGUGCCUAGCCGUCAUCAUGGCGCAGCUCGGGUGCCGCGUCCCGGCGGAGAAAUGCUCGCUCUCCCUAGUUGACACGAUCUUCACGCGGCUCGGCGCGAGCGACCGGAUCUUUUCGGGCGAGAGCACGUUUCUGGUGGAGUGCAGCGAGGCGGCCAGCGUGCUGCGGCACGCGACGGCGGACUCGCUGGUCGUAUUGGACGAGCUCGGCCGCGGGACGUCCACGUUUGACGGCUAUUCCAUAGCGUAUGCGGUCCUGAAGCACCUGAGCGAGGCGCUGGACUGCCGCCUGCUCUUCGCCACGCACUACCACCCCCUCACCGCCGAGUUCGCCUCCAGUCCCCGCAUCACGCUCGCCCACAUGGCCUGCCAAAUGCUUCUCGACGGAGCGCCCAGCAAAACCCCCCGCGGUGACGCCGAAACGCUUGCUGACGUCAGCGCACUCAGUGAUCGCCACGUGUCGCUACCAGAGGCGGACGACGACAACCUGCAGAAGGAGGGGCAGCUGGUGUUCCUGUACAAGCUGCGGCCGGGCCCGUGUCCAAAAUCGUACGGCCUCCAGGUUGCCACGUUGGCAGGGAUCCCGCGGUCAAUUGUCCGAGCAGCCGCAGCGGCGGCCCGGGUGAUGGAGUCGAAACUAGACAGGGCGUUCAGCGGAGCCGGCAGGCGGGGGCUGGAGUUGCCAUGCCGGAAAGAGUCGGCCUCGGAAGACGGGUGUUUCGGACGGCCUUCGGACAGCAGUGGUCGUCUUGAUUCAGCAGAGGACGGGUCAGCGAAAGAAGAUGCCGGUUGUGAGAAUCUGACGGGAAGCGAGCUGCGUAUCGCCCGAACACUGCUUAGGCAAGGUCUAAGUGGCGGCAUUGGAUCCAUGUUAGGGUCCCGGGCGGAUGAGGAGUCAGCACACGGAAGUCUCGUCCAGACGUGGCAGGAAUUGCAGGCCCAGUAA